GGAACUGAAGGUGGGGAUCAGCGAGAGGGACGAUUCCGCGGUCACACCGGCAGCUGGAAGCCGGGUGGGGGCGCGGGCUUCCAGGGCUACCUCUCAGGAGCCCAGGUCGUGAGGGCGAGCAGGGGCCUGAAACGCGGACAGGAUCGGGGCCUCCCGGAAGCGUCGGGUGCGCACGACGCGGCGGGAGUUGUGCUCAAGCGGACGAGGAAAGUGCCGGAUGUGAAGAGCGGGAGCGUGGAGUCUCGGAGCCCGAGGUUAAGAACAAAAGAUGUCCCACGACUUCUCCCGGAGACCUCUGCGUUUCUAAGCUUUGGGUGGACUUCGCGGCCCUCUGGCGCUAAACCUCACUUGCUGGAGAAGUCAGUCCUCCUCUCAUUGGACAGUUGGUAACUGCCAGAACAUCUCAACUGUCAGCAUCCACUGUUGUCUUUAAAGCCACAAAAAGCUGCACACUAAGCCGAUUUGACACCUGACCUGUCCAGUCUCCAUGAUGCUGGGUCCUGAGGGAGGUGAAGGAUUUGUGGUCAAGCUCCGCGGCUUGCCGUGGUCUUGCUCUAUUGAGGAUGUGCAGAAUUUCCUCUCUGAAUGCAAAAUUCGUGAUGGCGUUGCAGGUGUUCAUUUCAUCUACACCAGAGAAGGUAGACAGAGUGGUGAGGCUUUUGUUGAACUUGAAUCAGAAGAUGAUGUAAAAAUGGCCCUGAAGAAAGACAGAGAAAGCAUGGGGCACCGCUAUAUUGAGGUAUUUAAGUCUCACAGAACCGAAAUGGAUUGGGUGUUGAAGCACAGCGGUCCAAACAGUGCCGACACUGCCAACGACGGCUUUGUGCGCCUUCGAGGACUCCCAUUUGGAUGCACAAAGGAAGAAAUUGUUCAGUUCUUCUCAGGGUUGGAAAUCAUGCCGAAUGGGAUCACUUUGCCAGUGGACCCCGAGGGCAAGAUUACAGGGGAAGCCUUUGUGCAGUUUGCCUCACAGGAAUUAGCUGAGAAGGCUCUAGGGAAGCAUAAGGAAAGAAUAGGGCAUAGGUAUAUUGAAGUGUUCAAGAGCAGUCAGGAGGAAGUGAGAUCAUAUUCUGAUCCCCCUCUGAAGUUCAUGUCCGUGCAGCGGCCAGGGCCCUAUGAUCGGCCUGGCACUGCACGGAGAUAUAUUGGCAUUGUCAAACAAGCAGGCUUUGACAGGAUGAGGUCUGGGGCCUAUAGCACAGGCUAUGGGGGCUAUGAGGAGUACAGUGGCCUCAGCGACAGCUAUGGCUUCACCACCGAUCUGUUCGGAAGAGAUCUCAGUUACUGCCUGUCCGGAAUGUAUGACCACAGAUACGGAGACAGUGAGUUCGCUGUCCAGAGCACGACUGGACACUGUGUCCACAUGAGGGGUCUACCGUACAAAGCGACCGAGAAUGACAUUUAUAACUUCUUCUCUCCACUCAACCCCGUGAGAGUGCACAUCGAGAUUGGCCCUGAUGGAAGAGUGACCGGUGAAGCGGAUGUCGAGUUUGCCACUCAUGAAGAAGCUGUGGCCGCAAUGUCGAAAGACAGAGCCAACAUGCAGCACAGAUACAUAGAGCUCUUCUUGAAUUCAACUACAGGGGCCAGCAAUGGGGCUUACAGUAGCCAGAUGAUUCAGGGCAUGGGGGUGUCGACCCAGUCCACUUACACUGGCCUCGACAGCCAGUCGGUGAGCAGCUGUUACGGGGCUGGCUACAGCGGUCAGCAGAACAGCAUGGGUGGAUAUGACUAGUUUCAUAGAAAUAUUUUGAGUUACUUCAAUCAAAUUUUCACAGGCAGCCAACAAGCAGUGGAGAGCAGUUAUUACAUAGAGGAAGCUGUGGGACCCAUUUUGCACCAUGAGUUUGUGAAAUCUGGAUUAAAAAAAUUACCUCUUCAGUGUUUUCUCAUGCAAAGUUUCUUCUAGCAUGUGAUAAAGAUAUUGAGUAAACUAUAAGAAACUAUUUUCAGCUUUUCUCAAUUAACAUUUUGGUAGUAUACUUCAGAGUGAUGUCUGAGUUAAAGUAGUUUGAAGUAUGUUAAAUGUGGAUCUGCACCACAUUACCGUAAACACAUUUGGGAGACAUGAUUUUGUGGAAAACUCAGAGGUGCUAGAUCCUUAAUCCAAAGAGAAACAUUUCUCAUGUUUGUUCAAUUCUAGUUUGUUUUCAUUUAAAAUCUCUUAGGUUAAGUUUUAAGCUUUUAAAAAGUUAAUUUUGAAAAUUGAGACACAAUACUAAUACUGUAGGAAUUGGUGAGGCCUUGACUUAAACCUUUCUUUGUACUGUGAUUUCCUUUUGGGUGUAUUUUGCUAAGUGAAACUUGUUAACUAAAUUUUUUUCUUAAAAUAAAGACUUUUUCACAAUGACUGGCACAGACUAUCUGCUCACCAAAAGGUAGCAAAAUGACUGGGUGGUUGGAGAUAACAUCUUAAUGCUAAUGUAUUUUAGUGUGAAUUAAAUAAUUUAGCACAUCUAAUCUGUUUUCCUUUAUAUUUUCAGAAUGAGGCUAAAAUAAAAGUUAAAUAAAAACAUUAAAUGUGACUGGAAAUGGUGAUAGAAAUACACAUACUGGGAAGUAUAAAAAUGCACACAGUCCCACCCUUUGUGACUUGUUUGCUGCAUGUUCUUCACAAACUACAUUUUUUUGUGGUAUCUUUUGAUUCCCUUUUAUGCUGUAGUCCCAUUCAUCGUACAUAACUGUAGUUUUAAGUGCUACAUGUGUUGUGAGGUCAUUUAACCACAAUUAUUAUUUUAUAUAAAAGGUGUGGAUUUUUUCUCAUACCUACAGUUAUUUCUAUAGGAAACAAAUUGCUUCUAAAAAGUUGCCAUCCACCUUGGUGUGGAAAGCAGUGUCUAAGUUCCAGGCAGCUCUGCAUGCAGCAUCUUAACCAUAACUUAACUUCAUCUUGUAUGUAUAACACAAGAUUUUAAAAGGUAAAUGGAGCUUGUUUUUUAAAAGAUCCUAUGCAAAAAGGAUGACUUUGUUAUAUACCUACUCCUCACUUACCAACUAUUUUGACAUUUCACAUUUAUGAUACUAAAAAAACUCUGGUUAGUUUACACAUUAGUGAUGUAUGCCUGGCAGAGGAACACUGAGGUGUGAGGCCACUGAUGCUGGCUGUGAUGGUUAUGUGUCAACUGGAUUGGGCCACAAUUCUCAGUGGUUUGAUAGCUGUGUAAUGAUGUAGGCAUCCUCCAUUUUGUAAUCUGAUGUGGUCCUCCAUUUUCACAUAAUGAUCUGGUCUUUGACAUUAACCAUGUUGAUAAGUGAGGAGUGGGUGUAUACUGUUGAUAAUUUCCCUCAACUUUAUUUUCCUGCUUAUCUUUAAUUAGCCGUGUAAUAUAACCUAGAUACCCAAAUUUCACCAGUUUAAGAAUCUUGCCUACCUGGCAUCUUUAUUUGCAGGAGAUGGGUUCUUGUUCAUUUACAGAGAAAAUGGCCUCUUAAGGCCAUGUUGAAGGAACAGCAAUUGAAAUAUACCCUAAGAAACCUCUAUUAUGGGGUAUGUAACAUUGGUUUCAUUGUGCAUAGAGGAUUAUUAAUUUAAGGGUACACACAGUUUACAGCUGGCACAGCGUGAUUACAAUCUUGAAAUUGUGCUCGGUGGAAGUAAUUAACCUGCUCCAUUGCCUCAAGGCCAGAGCAGGAGGGACACCAGUCCCUGCUGCAGCAGGGCCUCAAGGACAUCUGCUGAAUUGUCCUCUUGCAACACCCAGCACAGCGCCUGACUCCAUGACACAGUCCUAAGAAUAACCAUGGCAACAAGACAAAGCUGGGUUUGUCAGUUUGUUGCUAUCAGGUGCUCAAACAGGACACAUUAAAUAUAUACAGGUAGACGAGAGUCUUGCUCCGUCCUUUUCUGGCAACUUCAGGUUUGGUUGGCCCAGCUUACCUGCCAUUGUUCCUCCCUCCACGAUGUUCAUUCAGCCUCAGCAUUGCCCAGGAAUGUAGAGACAACAGAGCUCUGGAGGAUGGAGUAGCAUGAGGGAGUUCUAAAGAAAUAGGGGAGGCAGGGACCACAUCUUGUGUCCUAGGCCAUGUUACAGAGUCUGCACACCCAACAGACCCACCUUGCUCUGAGCCCCGGGCAACACUACACCAUAGGGAAGCACCCAGAUGGAGCAUCUGCAAUACUGCAUGCUAGACUUCACAUGCAAGUCAGACCUGAGGUCGGAUGCUAACUAUGCCUGGGUGGCACACACAGCACUCUGCUACUAACGUAAAGCCCACCCUGCAAGGGUGGAAGAAAAGCCUAGCAAUCUGCCGUAAAGAUUACAACAG